AUGAAAAGUAUUACUUUCUCGACUGAGAAGGAUGAACUGCAAAGGAAACGAAAAGUUGGUUGUGAGGUGGAUUCAGACUACACACUAAAUGACUUUAUACGGAAGCACCUUAACCUACGCGGCACCAAGUAUAUGUGUAACGAGGGAGGCUGUGGUGUGUGUAUAGUAUCAGUGACGGCACCGGACAGUAACGGUACCGUGAGAACGUUCUCUGUUAAUUCUUGUUUAGUUCUGAUACUGUCAUGUCAAGGUUGGGAAAUCACCACAGUUGAAGGUAUCGGCGACCGAAAGGUUUAUCAUCCCAUUCAGCGCAGACUCGCUGAGCAUAAUGGCACCCAGUGCGGAUAUUGUACUCCAGGCUGGGUGAUGAGCAUGUACAGUUUAUUGAAGAGUAACGACAAUAUGACAAUGGAAGAAAUAGAAAACUCAUUUGGCAGCAACUUAUGUAGAUGCACCGGCUACAGGCCUAUUCUGGAUGCAUUCAAUACUUUCGCCAAAGACGCUCCUAAAAGAAAUAAAACAAUAGACAUCGAAGAUCUGGGAAAAUGCAAAAUAGAAUGUAAUAGAGCAUGUAACGAUUGGUGUGUCAUCGAGGAUAAUAAAGUAAAAUCUAUCAUUCUAAAGGAUAAUAAAGUGUGGUACAGAGCGUACGAAAUAAGUCAAAUUUUUAAAUUGUUAGAUAUCGAAGGAACCGAGUCAUAUAUGUUGGUUAACGGAAAUACUGGCAGAGGCGCUAUUCCAAUUCUAGAAUUUCCACGAGACUUUAGUUAUUUGCUGAAGCUAUACGAGCACUUAGACUUAGUAGCUCAUAUCCCCGUGAGAAAUAUUGGAUCGAUUGGAGGGAAUUUAAUGUUAAAGCACAAGGACCCCAGAUUUGCGUCGGAUGUGUUCCUGUUGCUUGAAUGUAUUGGAGCAAUCGUCACUAUUGUUAGCAAAAACAAAACAGAAGAAAUAAGUCCUGUAGACUUCCUUUCGCUUGAUAUGACAGGAAAAAUAAUAACAAAAAUUAAGAUUCCUCCGCUUUCGCACAAAUAUAAAUUUGUCUCCUUUAAGGUAAUGCCAAGAUCUCAGAACGCAGUUGCUCAAGUUCAUGCAGCAUUCUUAUACCGACUCGACGAAAACAGCGCGGUAGAAAGUGCAAGAAUUGUAUACGGAGGCCUUUCCGGAAACUUCUUCCAUGCAUCGCACACUGAGAUGUUUUUAGCGGGAAAGAUUUUAUUUACAAACGAAACACUUCAAGGAGCACUAAGAAUUUUGAACGAGGAAAUAAUUGUUGAAGAAAUAGAGGGGAUGUUGAGCCCAGAAUACCGUAAGAAGGCUGCAUUGGGGCUAUUUUACAAGGGUCUUUUGAAUAUCAUUCCUGUAGGAUUAUUAAAUCACCGCUAUACGUCAGGUGCUAUUGAUCUGCGGAAAACUAGACCACUUUCAAGUGGCUCAGAAGUUUAUAACACAAAUCCUUUACUUUGGCCCAUGAACGAACCUAUGCCAAAGUUAGAAGCGUUGGUUCAAUGCGCCGGUGAAGCGAAUUAUGUGAAUGAUCUUCAAACACAACCGAAGGAAGUAUUUUGUGCAUUUGUCACAGCAAAGAUAUGUACGGGUGAAAUUGAACACAUAGACCCAUCUCCAGCUCUUAAAAUUCCAGGUGUUCUGACAUUUCUAACAGCUAAAGAUAUACCAGGAAAAAACUCUUUUGUGAGCACCAAAGUUCCGACCUACACAAAUGAGAAAAUUUUAUCAGAUGGAAAAAUAAAUUUUUUCGAUGAGCCUAUUGGCAUAAUAGUUGCAGAAACGGAAGCUUUAGCCAAUAGAGCUUCCCUUAUGGUUAAAGUUACAUAUAAAAACGAUAGCAAAAAACCUCUCCUAAAGAUUGAAGAUGUCAGAGUAUUUGAUCCUAGUAGAGUAUCUGUUGUGUCGUCUUUUCCCGCUAUAAAAGAACCUGGUACUGAUGUUCAUAGAGUUAUUAAGAAUACAGAGAAUAUUUCUUGGCAAUAUCACUUUAGUAUGGAGACUCAGAGUUGUGUGACCCGUCCAAGCGUUGACGGCAUUGAUGUGUUUCCUGCCUCCCAGUUUCCUGAUAUGGUACACUUGGGUGUAUCGGAAUCAUUGAAUAUUGACCAGAGCAGGAUUAAUGUUGAAAUUCCUCGGUGUGGAGGUGCUUAUGGAUGCAAAAUUAGUAGAAGUGGCUUGGUAGCUACCGCGAGUGCAUUGGUUACCUACCUCCUGAACAGACCAUGUAGAUUUGUUAUGAGCAUUCGUUCCAAUUUACGGGUUGUCGGAAAAAGAUUGCCAAAUACUCUUGAGUACGAGGUUGCUGUAAGCAAGUCAGGAGAAAUCCAGUAUAUGAAAUACGAUUUGUAUGGAGAUGUGGGCUGGUUUGAAAACGAGAGUGUAGCUUUUCUUAAGGUUGCCGGUGUGAGGAACUGCUAUGACAAUGGCCGUUGGGGUUUUAAUAUUUAUAAAGUCACCACUGACACCCCUUCAAACGUAUUUGCACGAAGCCCUGGUAGCCUUGAAACUAUUACCAUGACUGAACAUAUCAUGGAAAGGAUAUCCUAUGAAAUUAAUAUGGAUCCCUUACAAGUUCGUCUUAAUAAUUUAAAUUCAGAUUAUAAAGAUGUUAAAGAUGCAGUAGAUAUAUUGCUUCAAGAUAGUGACUACUCCAACAGAAAAACUGAAGUAGAAAACUUUAAUUCAAGCAACAGAUGGAAAAAGCGAGGCCUCCGUCUAGCAAUAAUGAGCUGGCCAGCUGCAAAUCUUAUUGAUUAUCAAAUAUAUAUUUCUAUAUACCAUGGGGAUGGUACAGUUGUUGUCAAACAAGGCGGUGUUGAAUGUGGCCAAGGUAUUAAUACAAAGGUCAUCCAAGUAGUUGCGUUCACUUUAGGAAUACCAAUAUCAAAAGUCAAAGUUAAAUCUGUCGAUGUUGCCUCGCUUCCAAACAGCUAUACAACCGCUGGUAGUAGAACCACUCAAGCGGUGUGUUUCGGUGCCAUAAAAUGUUGCCAGAUGCUUCUAGAUCGUUUAGCACCUAUUAGAAAUAAUUUGGAUAAUGCGACUUGGGAACGUUUGGUGCAAGAGGCUUAUGUGCAGGGAGUAAACCUGCAAAGUAAUUAUCACGUUACAUCAAAUGACCAAAAGACUUAUAGGUGUGCAGGAGCAGCUACAUGUGAAGUUGAAUUAGACAUACUUACAGGAGAAUCACAUGUUAGGAGAGUUGAUCUUGUACAGGAUGUUGGUGUAUCUGUAAAUCCUGAAAUAGAUGUUGGCCAAUCUGAGGGGGCAUUCGUAAUGGGCCUUGGAUACUGGACUUCUGAACAUAUGAUUUAUGACAAAGAUUCUGGAGAGCUAUUGACGGAUCGCACCUGGACUUACCAUAUCCCGAUAGCCAAGGAUAUUCCUAUAGACUUCAGAGUUAAAUUGUUGCGGACCUAUAACUCCAAAGGAACGCUGGGAGCUCGUGCUAUAGCGGAACCAGGCAUAUGUCUUGCGGUGAGCGUGGCUUUUGCUCUCAAAGAGGCAAUAAUUUCUUCUCGGAAUGAAACUGGCUACCCAAUGAAUCAGUGGUUCAACGUUGAUGGUCCGUAUACAAUCGAGGCAAAUGUUUUACAUUCGGACGUCAAACUGGAGGAGUUCCUGUUUCAUUGAAGUAGAUAUACUAUGGGAAAUAUUGUCUUAUGAUAGAUCAACUUUUUUUAUUAAAAGUACCUACACACCAGACAGUAUUCUCCUAGUGAAUCACUUUUAAGUUCACUUCACAAAUAUCCCUUUUGCACUGUCACUACGCGUCACCAGUCAUCAUGGAAGCACGUAAAGGGAACAUCUUGGUGUGACUAGAUUCUCUGUUGCUUUCAUCAAGUCAUCACAUCGCUUAGGACGUCCAUCCGAAAAGAAACCUGGUCCUACAGUGGUAAAGUUUGCGGAUGUGGCAUUGCGGGAUAAGGUUUGUUUCUCUAAAACUGGAUUUAAGGGCAGCGGUAUAACUGUAUCAGAGUUUUGAACAAAGAGCCGUCAUGGCGUGAUUAUGGAGGCAAGGUAGAGAUUCGGCAUAAGCAAGUGCUGGA